GCCAUCCGGGCUCACUGCUGGUUUUGACACUCCCUCUGGCUGCUCUCCUGGACUUUCCAGCCUAUUUUUUCAGCUGACUGACAUGGCGAGUAACCUCGUCUCGAAGUUAUUUCGUCCCCCUGUGUUCACGCAGUUUGCGUCUCUCCGGUCGGGCUGCGUGUUUCAGAGGAAGGCGGCGGCGGCGGCGGCGGCGGCGGGGACCAGACAUUUAUCCAGCGAUGCGCCACCAGAGAACAUCAGUCGCUAUCCGAUCCCCUACAAGAAAGGCCUUCCUUAUGAUAUCGUGGAGCUUAUGGAGGAAGUUGAGUCAAAGGGAGGCUUUUUGCCCAAUGUCUUCAAAGUCCUCUCUCACAGACCAGAAGAGUUCAGAGUCUUCUUUGCUUACUACAAUGAACUAAUGAACAAAGAGACAGGCAGAUUAACCAAGGCAGAUCGUGAGCUGAUUGUAGUGGCUACCAGUAUCCACAACAAGUGUCUUUACUGUGUGGUAUCCCACAGUGCACUGCACCGCAUCUACUCUAAGAAACCCACUCUUUCCGAUCAGGUCACUGUUAACUAUGAGAAUGCAGAGUUGUCAACUCGGGAGCGUGCCAUGCUGGACUUUGCGAUGGCUGUGUGUCGCUGCGACACCAUCACAGAGCAGCAUUUCCAGUCUUUGGAGGAAGUGGGCUUUGACCGUGAGGAUGCCUGGGACAUCGCUGCCAUUGCUGCUUUCUUUGCCAUGUCCAACCGGCUCGCCCACCUCACCGACAUGAGGCCAAACGUAGAAUUUUAUAAUAUGGGCCGUGUAGCACGGGACAAGGGCAAGUGAAAAAGGAGUAGUGUUACAGACAAGAUUAUCAGAGGUCAAAGGCUAUAUGUGACACUGCAACUAUCAGUGUGGGUUCUGUUUUUUAUUUUUGUCUCCCAUGUGAACAAUCAGACGUUUUCUGAUUUAUGUUGAAAUGAGGUGCAAUAUCAGAUCUGACAGCAGUUCAAUUUGAAUGUUAACACUGGAAUUAGUCAGUGUGUCCUGAGAUCAUAAUUUGGGUUACAUACAAGAGAUGACAGGCAUUUAAAAAUGAGAUGUUCUUUGAAAUUGAACAUAGCCUGUAAAAUUGAGGAUUUUGUAAAGCUCCCUAAGUUUUCUAUAUAAUCCUUACAUGUGCCAAUGUAACUUAUAUGGAAAUGACUCUGGCUACCUUCCUGUGUGUUUGUUGUUGGGGCAGACAUGGUUUUCUUGGUGACUUGGUGAAUCUAAAUUAUUUGCCAUUGUGUCUAACUGUAGUUGUUGAUGUCUACUUAUUUUCCUUGACAUUUUGAAUUUUAGGUGGUUCUGUUUGUUCAUUGGACACUUGCCAUAUGGUGGGGAGUACAUUUUUGCAGCUAGUUGUCCAUUGCAUUAACUUUAAUGACACAAUUCCCUAGUUGUCUUUUAACUUCCAUAAACAGGGUUUGUUUGUUUAUUUCCUUGUUCAUUAGUUGAAAGUGCUUUGUGUUAUGAUGUGUUGCUUAAUGCGUUACUGUCUCUGCCAUGAAGAGUGCAAAUAAGUUACUGACACUGUUCGCAGCAAUGUAAGCUUGUGUUCUCUAAGCCUUCCCUUUAUCUUCUAAAUAAACAAUAUUUUUGUCAA